GCCAAAACCACUUCCAUAGAUUUACACUUUCAUUUAUCGUUUAAAAAAAAUAAAAAGAAAAGUUACAUCUUCAAUUUGAUGCAAUUCUUAGGUAUGCACUUUUGGAUUUUAUUUUUUUUUUAAAAAAAAGAGAGAGAAAAAAGAAAAGAAAAAGAAAAAGAAAAAACUGACCUUAGAAUUUGAUACGUUAAACUUACUAGUAGAACAAAUGUUGAGUGGUGAGUCAAAAGAAAUAUUACGUAGAAAAUGACAGUAUUCUCGUCAUUUCUCACUCUCAAUUCUCAAAUUCAAUUACUUCCUCAAAUCCCUUCAAAAUCUAUCUUAAUCCCAACUCCUAAAUCCAUCAUUAGCACUAAUAAAAAAAAUAAUCCAUUCACCCAUCUUGUUGUUAGCACUAAUUUUAAUCGAAAUCAGACGAUUAUGGCUGCUUCUUCAUUCUCAUCAUCCAUUUCAACUGAUCAAUUUAAGCCUUUUCAGCUUGAUGUAAUGUCAGAUUUUUAUGCGAUUUCCUCUCCUAGAGGAUAUAUCUCCAUUUGCGGAUUUGGGUCUCUUCUUUCUGAGAGGAGUGCAAGAAGUACAUUUCCUGAAUUGUCUAACUUUAGGAUAGCGCGAUUGAAAGGUUUUAGGAGGGUUUUUGCUCAUGUCGCUCCUAUCUUCUUCGAACGUGGCAUUGCAAAGCCUGAGACCAAGGAGAUCUCAAGUUUAAGUGUGGAGCCUUGUGAAGGAGAGGAGCUCAUAGUUACUGUGUUUGAAAUUCAAAAGUCAGAGGUGCCUUAUUUUAUGGAGAGGGAGCUUGAGUUCCGAUUUUUAGCUGUCCUGCCAGAAACAAUAAAAGGGAAGCCUUUUGAGAAUCCAGCGGUUCUCUGUACUCGAUACAGUGAUGAGGAAUUUUUCAAUGUAAGAUGUAAAGGAAGUAAAGAAGUAUACCAUCAGCAUUAUGGGCAAUAUAACAUAGAUAAAAUAUGGAGGGAUGAUGUUUUUCCUUGUCGAAAUUAUCUGCGCCAUUGUGUUUUAGCAGCAAAGAAUCUUGGAGAUGCAGCUUACAACAAUUUCUUAGAUCAUACAUACCUUGCUGAUUGUCAGACAACCAUUCGUCAGUACCUGGCAACAGCAGGUGCAGGUAUAAUGGAAGAGGAGCCUCCAGAAUCCCUGAAGACUCGUUAUGGUGGUUGAGCUGAUCAGGAUAAUACGACCCAAUAGCAUUUAUAAUUUAUUUAAAACUGUAUUCGAUUAGGAUCCGUAACUUUAGGUUUGGGAACUUGCAAAAUCUGAGCAGUGUAACAGUGUAAAACUUAUUUCUUGUGGAUAGAACAUACUGUUAGGCAUUUAACCACAUUAAACGCUUAAAAUGUCAUAAUAAAUCAGACGUUUUCAUAUGCA